CACCUUCUUUUGAACUGGGAGAGCAAGUGGAAGCGUCUUCGUUGAUGCUAGGGAGCAGAGGUUCUGCGGUUGGUCUGUAGAGAUUGGGGGUGAGGGGGUGAUGGGAUGGAGUCUAAGGAGGGAUUGAUAGGUGGUGUUGGAGUGGGAAGGGGGUUGGAUGGGAUGGAGAAGGCAGUUGACGUUGAUGGGGUGUUGGGGUGAGAAGGAUGGUUUUUGGGACUGGAUAGGGAUUUAGAGGGUUUGGAGUUAGGGGUUUGAUUUGUUGAGGUUUGAGUGUGGCCGUCAGCAGUUGGUUGGGAAGUGGACUGAGGAUCUGGAUGAUCAUGAUUACUGUUGAUAGUGGUUUGAGGAGGCAGAUUAUUUCUUUCAACAGCCUCUUUAUACCCACUGCAAUGAAGCUGAAUACAAAGAGUCCCAUCACUACUAAGCCCCCAACAAUCCAGAAAGAAACUCCCUUCCCAUCUAUAGAUUCAUCAUCCUCCAUCAAGAUAAACCUGAAGUCCAUUUUAUUCCUGGGCGUAUGUGGAAUGACCACAAGAUACUAACCCCACAAAAACUCAUGCAUCUCACUCUCAAUAUCCCAAAGGCCUUCCUAAAACUCCAUUUCAGCCCUUUUUCUCUUCUAGACCACCCUUGACCCUCCUUACACUGAAAAAUCUAGAACUGCCUGGUUACAGCUAGUUUUCUGAAAUAAGAAUACUUUCAUUGGAUUUUUAGAAAUUUAGGGAUUGUUUGGGUUAAGGGUCUUUAGAGUAUAGUUUAGUCUGAGGAGUCACUAGGAUUAUUGAGAUGUGAUGUUUGGACCUUCUAGAAGUGGGUGAGGGAGUGGAGGUGAAGUUUUAGUUUGGGGUAAUAGGAAAAUAGUUUUAUGAAGUCUGGAGUAUUUUAAACGAGUCGGAUCUGAUAGAUCAUGAGUGUAGAAGCUUAUUCUUACGUCUUGAAGGAUAAUCCUUUUAAAGAAAAUACCUGGUUAUACAUGCCUCCAUUUUUAAUAGUCAAAAUCUGAGCUUUCUUGAAAGAGAGAUCUUUUUAGGUUGAUGAACUCAUAUUCAUCUGUGGCAUAAUCUGAGUAAUCGGUGAUUUCAGUGAAAACAUCGCAGAGAAGAUACUCUAUCCUCAAUAAUGCUGCCCAUUCUCCUUAUCUUGUUCUUGAUCAGUCAUUAGAGUUGUGCAUUGAGCAUCAAAUGAGCCUCCUCAAUUCUCAGAGGUAUCAUCCAUAUCUCAGCAGUAUCUUUUAUUUACCUCAAAGGGGCUCUGCAGACCUUCUUAUUGUUUGAUACACAGCUAAAGCAGUGUCUUCCAUCUUUGAUAAUCUUUUCUCAGAUUGAAACAGUCAUUAUAAUCCAGAGAAACAGGUAUCUUUU